AUGCAGGCGUCCACUCAAAAGGUGGCGUUGGUUGCACCGAAAGUGGUGAGAGCGAUCAGCACAGAACAGAUCGAAGGUCUGUCUAAACAGGCACGUCGAGUCGAGGUCCAGGAGUCCAAGCGAGCGUUGAUUCUUGCAAACCAAGAGAAGAAGAAUGCCGAGAAACAACUCAGGCAUGCCAAGAACGCCCUGGCCAAACAGAACGACGAACUAGAAGCACUCGAGCACCAGCUGAUGGAUCAGGAGGCGAAACAUCAAGAAGCCAUUCGCAACCUUGAAUCGGACAACAAAGAGUUGAAAGCGGACAAUACACACGCGCACGAGGUGUAUUUGCAACUGAGAGACUCGUACGAAGCCCACAAAGUUGAUAUGGCAACCCUACAAGCAACAUGCGACCGAACUAAAGGCGAACUAGAGGAAGCCCAACAGAAACUAACUGAGAGCCAGAACAAGAUGGAACAGCACCGACAGGACGCUAAAGCUCAGCUCAAAGCACUCAACGAGACACGUAAGCGAGCCGACAACUGCGGGACAUGCACAUCACUGCGGUCGGAAGUGUUGAACCUGCGGAAAUCUGCGGAGGAAUUGAAAGCAGAGAGCGAUGCCGCCAUUGAGAAAGUAACACUUGAACUGCGCGUGAGGACUGACGAGCUGGCAGCUGUCGUGGUACAGCGCGACCAAACAGAAUCAUCUGACACUCUGGAUGUGUCGAGCGAACGCGUCCGACAACUGGAGAGGGACAACGAGAAUCUGAGUAGGCAGUUAUCAGCCAUGACUGAGAUGUGGGAGAGUAACAAGACGCUCGUUGAACAUAUCAAAGACACCAGCCCAGUCCAUGGGCGCGAGCUCAAUGAGGAUCAGAGGAUGUUAGUCGACAGACUAUCCGAAGCACUCAGUACUCUAGGCCUCGAGGGUGAUGCGGAAGAGAGGUACAACUUAAUGGAUAAGUCCAUGAACCUUCUGAGUCUGAUUCCCCAGUACACACCAUACACCCUGCGGGCACUCGUGAGACGCUUCUCUGCCACCUUCAUUAAAACCAUCAGCGGUACUGUGCCCAGCCUCGCCAUUGAGGAAAACUUAAGCUGGGUAUACGAAGACGAGCAACCGGUGGCUAUGAAACAGGAGCGACUGACUGAGAUGUCGGUAGGGGACAUAGACUUUGUGGAUGGUACCAAGAUCGCUGCCAAGGUUGUGUAG